UAACCGAGCACGCACCCAGACUCAUGGCGGCAUGGAUGCGAGCAAUGGCUGAUGUUCGAUCCUCACCCAAGACCGCAAAGGCAUACCGGGCACUAGUGGAGGCGCACAGUUCGAAUUUUGCUAAUCACAUCAAUCGGCCAUCACAGUCGUUGCCCUGGCACAGAUGGCAGCUGCUUCAGCUUGAAAAUCUACUGCAUGAGGUGGCUGGCUGUGAAGUCUCCAUGCUUUAUGUUGACUUCGGCAAGAUUGCGGCUAACUGGGAUACCAGCUUGAUCUGGUCCAAUGGCCGUCUCGGUGGUUCGGGUGACCCUGCAGCAGACAGCUGUAUCAGCAGGGGAACAUUCCAGCACGCCGCAUUCAAGCUGACGUCCAACGCAGCUACAUGUGUGCUGACUGGUCCUGAGAAGUGCUGUCUGCAGCGGAAUUUUAGCACCAGCCUGCCAUUCCUGUAUGCAACCCAAGUUGAAACUCUCUUGCGCACGCCACCCUCCGAAUAUGCCCGGUUUGCUAUCGCUUUGGAUACUCUUCUGGCAUACCCGGCCCACAUGAACAUUGGUGGAACGAUGAGAAGCAAGGAUGCAGCCCAAGCUCCGGAGUUCUUCCUCAACCGUGCUUACGUCGACUAUGUGUGGUGGAGAUAUUUGCAACAGUCUGAUGCUCAUCGGGAAGCAGCCAUUCGCUUCUACGGUGACACCAUUCUAAAUUUCACCAUUUCUGGGAACAAUGCAUAUCCAGACAUGCCCGGCACUGCAGCUGCUGGAGUUAGUGCACAUAGCAUGCUUGUGCCUGGCUCGAGUGAUGUAUGCAUUGACUAUCAGUGGAACCACAAGGCAUACGAAAAUAUCCUAACUCGCCGAGAGGUCGACAAGUUAAGUCUGGAUGAGCAGUGGGAAUUCCUGGAACACAAACUGCUCAUUUCAUCCACAGCACAUCUGUUGGGAACCCCAGGAAAACCACAAGGCUCGUGGAGCAACCUGCCACAAGCGUUCAAGUUGUUCAACGCCCCUCUGUGGGAAAGGAUAAUUGCUUUCAAGGUCCUGAAGAAUUCUUUGCAGCUCAACCAAAAUAAUCACACCCUGAAUGAAAACAAUCUACUUGACCGGCUUUCCGGCUUGUACGUUGAGUCUGUACUGGUCCGUUGAAGUGAUGCCUAGGAAUUUUCUUUAUGGCUGCCUAGUAGCCUGGGCAACUAGUGAUUUGCGUUAUUUCCCAUCUCAAUGAUUUUCUCUUCCUCCCUGCAUCAACUCUCCCUUCCCUGAUUUGGAUUGAUUUCGAUAUUUCAACUUAGUCCAGCAUGUUGACAACAUGACUGUUUAGUAAUUGGCCAUUGUAUUUGCUGAAAUUUAUGAGAAAAUCUUAACUCACCAAUAAACUUCAAGAGAAUCUGCUUGAAUACAUGUACCCCAAUCUCA